AUGUCAAGUAAUGUAAUGUUUCGUGAGAAGAAAACAUGUUGUGGGAUUAACAGAAUUUUGUUUAUAUCGUGUUUGGUGGCAGCGAUUGUCAUAGUCGCCAUUAUUAUAGUAGUGGCUGUAAUCCUAGCAGUAGAUAACUCAAGUGAGCGCGUGUACAACGUUGGUGGCGCAGAAUUGAUUGUUGAUGACUCAAAUGAAGUUACCAUCAAAAUAAGUAGCGUUCGUGGAUUGGUACUCGAGGGAACUUUAGGAAUUAAUUUACCAAAUGAUCAGGAGUAUGACCGUUGCGAUGACGACGACGAUGGGGGUACAAUGCUUUGUCUUAGGUGGGAUGAUGUCGCUAUGUUGAAGUUAACAACCACGGAAACAGGGGAAACUACCUGUUACGACAUCUAUUGGUCAUCUUCGUCACGUGACCACGAACCGCUGGACUGUUUCUUGUUGACAGGGGCACACUGGUAUGGCAGUGCAGAAAUGUACUAUCAAUUGUGGCCCAUAGAAAAAUGGAACGAGCCAAUGACAGUGUAUCUCUCAGGCGACAUGCUCGCCAAUCCUACCGACUAUGGUUCUGUCCUGGAACGCUAUUGGCUCUCCUCACAGGGUGUUGGAAUUUUCGUCGAAGAAGACGUGCCACUUUUUGCGAGCUUAAACUACCAAAACGAUAGCAAACUUUGCUACAAAGCGAAGUACGAGGAAUCCGCAUACCCAAAUCGAGACAAAAAUCCACCGUUUAUGAAGUACAGCAUAUGUACGAACACUAAUAUUCGCACCGCUCACACAUACAUGAGCUCUCGUUUCUUUCAGAAGCCUAGCAAUAUCCCGGAUGAACGCAUGAUGCGGUUACCAAUCUGGUCGACAUGGGCCCGCUACAAAGUCAAUAUAAGUCAGGAAGUGAUACUGGACUAUGCACAAGAAAUUUUAGAAAACGAUUUCCCGAACAGUCAACUAGAAAUAGAUGAUGGAUGGGCAACUUUAUACGGCGACCUUCAAUUCGACCCGGUUAAAUUCCCCGACCCCACGCAAAUGUGCACUGAUCUGCACGCGAUGGGAUUUCGCAUAACUAUCUGGACACACCCAUUCGGGAACUACGACUCGAACGCUUUUGCCCACGGCAUCGACAUGGAAGCGCCACACUACUGGGUGCGGGAACCUAGAGGUGACGCCCCGGGAUUGGUGAGAUGGUGGAAUGGCAUCGCCGGCAUUAUUGAUGUCUUCCACAACAAUGCAUAUGACUGGAACGUCGAACGGAUGGAAGCGUUCUGCGCCGACGUUGGCAUCGAUUCUUACAAAUUUGACGCUGGAGAAAUUAACUACCUGCCUGUGGGGUUUGUAUUGAGUGAGAAAAUAAACAAUCCAUGCGAAUAUACAAAGAAACACGCAGAAAUGUCCGCGGAGUUGGGCAACAUGGUUGAAAUCCGAGCUGCCUGGCAGAGUCAUCACUUGCCCAUCUUUGUCAGAAUGAUGGACAAAGGCUCGAAAUGGGGAUACGACAAUGGACUAAAAACUGUCAUCAAUACCGCCCUCACAUUUGGCAUCCUUGGCUAUCCUUUCGUUCUCCCCGACAUGAUAGGAGGAAAUGCCUACAACGAAGGAUUCCAUGGCGAUUAUAAACCGGAACAAGAACUAUUCAUCAGGUGGUUGGAGUUGACGGCAUUUCUACCCGCCAUGCAAUUUUCAAUAUCACCAUGGCAAUACGAUGACCCACAGGUGACGGAAAUUGCGCGGUACUGGGUUAAAUUCCACAACGAAACAAUAGGGCCGAAGUUAGUUGAACUCGCUAUGGAGGUUACGGAGAAUGGAUCGCCAAUAAUUCGACCUCUAUGGUGGAUCGCACCGGAGGAUGAGGUAGCUUUGACAAUUGAUUCUGAAUUUCUUGUCGGAGACGACCUACUAGUAGCGCCUGUAUUAGAAAAAGGGAUGACGUCACGUGACGUGUACCUGCCUGAAGGUAGAUGGGUAAACGAGCUUACAGGUGAGGUAGUUGAUGGCGGACAGUGGUUCAAUGUUCAAGUUCAAAUACAACAAAUUGCUUAUUUUACGAAGGAAGAAAACGUACUUUAA